AUGGGAUCACAAUGGCCCGGAAUGGGUGCUGAACUUUUACGGAUACCUAUAUUUGCGUCAGCAAUCAAAAGAUGCCACACUGUUCUGGAACCUUUAGGUGUUGAUGUGUACAAGAUAUUGUGCAAAACAAAUGGCAAUGUCUUUGACAACAUCUUCAACAGUUUCAUUGGUAUAACUGCGGUACAAAUUGGACUGACUGAUGUGAUGAAAGCAUUUGGUAUUAGUUCAGUUUACAUUGUUGGUAAGAGAACCUUU